GCCAAAAAAAAAAGAAAAAGAAAAAACAAUGGGACGCAUAGAGAAACUACUCUGCCUUAUUUCUUUAGUCUUGUUUGUUACACUCUUUUCUUCAACCAUUAACGUUGCUACUGCUUCUGUUCAAGAGGCUAAUGCUCUCAUCACAUGGAAAGCCAGCCUACAAAGUCCAAACCAUUCCCUGCUAACUUCGUGGGUCCUUCCACCUCAUGAUAACAUCUCAACAAGUACCGGCCCAUGCAGCUGGUAUGGAGUUACUUGCAACUUCGAUGGAAGCAUCAAUACAUUGAACCUCACAAAUUCGAGUGUAAAUGGUACGCUCGACAACUUUUCAUUUUCAUCAUUUCCGAAUCUUUCAUAUAUCGAUCUCAGCAUGAAUAAUCUCUUUGGUGCCAUUCCACAUAGAGUUGGCUCCCUCCCCAAACUCAUUUAUCUUGAUUUGUCCACCAACCAAUUCUCAGGAAACAUCCCACCAAAAAUUGGCCUGCUAACAAAUCUUGAAACUCUUCACUUGUUCGAUAAUCGGUUGAAUGGCUCAAUUCCUCAAGAGUUAGGCCAGUUAAAGUCUCUUACCGAGCUUGCUUUGUUUAAAAACAGUCUUUCAAGGUCCGUUCCUGCUUCUUUAGGAAAUUUAAGCAACUUGGCUCGUCUAUAUCUCAAUGAUAAUGAUUUUUCUGGUUCCAUCCCUCCUGAAAUGAGAAACCUUGUCAAUCUUGUCGAGCUUUACAUGGAAAAUAACAAUUUCAUAGGUCCCAUCCCUGCCACUCUUGGAAACUUGAAUAAGCUAACUGUGUUGUACUUGUUCAACAAUCACCUAUCUGGUUCCAUUCCCCGAGAGAUAGGAAAAUUGAAAUCACUCCAGAGCCUAAGCAUCGAAACCAACAAUCUUACUGGCUCAAUCCCAACAUCUUUUGGUGAUUUGAGCUCCCUAACACUCCUUUAUCUUUGGAAUAAUCAACUCUCUGGUCCAAUUCCUAAAGAGCUAGGAAAUUUGAAGUUCCUCAAUUAUUUGGAAUUGAGCGAGAAUCGAUGAG